AUGUCGAACUUCCUAGCCCCGGCCCCAGAGCCACCAACCGAGCUAGGAAGGCUGCGCGUUCUCUCGCCUAACGCUGGCAUUCGCGUGUCACCUCUUGCACUGGGUGCCAUGUCCAUCGGAGACGCCUGGGCUGGUGCCAUGGGUGCCAUGAAUAAAGAGCAGGCCUUCAAACUUCUGGACGCUUUCUUCGAAGCGGGCGGCAACUUUAUUGACACUGCAAACAACUACCAGGAUGAGCAGUCGGAAAUUUGGAUUGGCGAAUGGAUGAGAGAGAGGGGAAACCGAGAACAGAUCGUUCUCGCCACGAAGUACACAUCCGAUUACAAGAAUCACACCCUGGGCAAGGGAAACACGGCCAACUUCACUGGAAACCACCGACGGAGCCUCCACAUAAGCGUCCGCGACUCACUGGAGAAACUGGGCACCGAUUACAUCGAUAUUCUUUACCUACAUUGGUGGGACUAUACGACCUCGAUCAAGGAGAUUGUAGACUCGCUUCACAUUCUUGUUGAGCAGGGCAAAGUUCUCUACCUUGGAAUAUCAGAUACCCCAGCGUGGGUUGUCAGCGCAGCGAACACGUACGCUAUCGACCAUGGCAAGACGCCGUUCAGUGUCUACCAAGGCCGCUGGAGCGUGAUGCACCGUGACUUUGAGCGCGACAUCUUGCCCAUGGCUAGGAUGUUUGGCAUGGCCCUCUGCCCAUGGGAUGUUUUGGGAUCCGGCAAAUUUCAGUCGAAGAAGGCCAUUGAGGAGCGGAAAAAGGCCGGCGAGGGGCUGAGGUCUUUUGUCAGCUCUGCACAGCAAACCGAGAUGGAGAUAAAGAUUAGUGAGGCUUUGGAAAAGGUUGCUGGAGAGCAUGGAGUCGAGAGUGUGACGGCUAUCGCGCUGGCCUAUGUCCGGAGCAAAGCGGCUAACGUCAUACCCAUCGUGGGUGGGCGCAAGGUGGAACAUUUGAAGGCCAACAUCGACGCCCUCAAGAUCAAUCUGACAGAUGAGCAGAUCGCGUACCUGGAGAGUGUCAAGGAGUUUGACGUUGGGUUCCCGGGCAACUUCUUGGGCGCAGACCCUAACAUCACUGGGGCAUCGGCAAGGCUCUCGCGUGCUUCUCAGAUGUCGUUCCCGAAUGCGAGUCGUCAGACAAGCGUUUGA